AAUUAUAUUUUGUAAAUAUAAUUCAUAAUAUAAUAAUAAAAAUAUAGUCACAUAAAAAUGGACAGAGUAACCUUUAGUUUCUUUUGUACGUUUCUUGUUUUAACAACUUUAUGUGCAGAAUUAAAAUUAUAUCCUAACCUACCGGUAGGUGAAUAUAAAUUAAAAUUUAAAGCGGCAUUUACAUGUAAUUCAAGUGUAGACUAUUUGAUAAGAGCAAAUCUUCAUUUAUCAAGAAUUUCCAAGACGGUCACUGCAUUGACGGGCAAUAUAACGACUCAAAUCCCAUUUGACGAUUCUAUUCACCUAAAUUUGAACAUGGCCGUAUUGGAUAAAAUAGGAGGAUGGAAAGAUAACGCAUUUGUGUAUGAUAAAAGUAACGCAUGUUCAACGCUGAAAUAUUUGAUGGGAAAUGUUUGGAAGCCGUUUGUAAAUAGCAUGAAUAUUACCAAUUACUCAUGCCCAUUUAACAGUGGUUUCUACGUGAUGAAAGCUUUUGAUAUUUCAUUGCUCCAAGAGGCUAACUUUCCAAAGCAAUUUUUUUAUGGAACAUACAAGUUAAAAACAUAUUAUACCGAUACAAAUAAAAACAUAGUGGGUUGUUCUAUUAUAGUUGUGGAAUUUUUAAGACCAUGGGAAUAAUAUUUUUAAAAAAUUUAAAAUUGUAUUUGUGUUUUUCAUAAAAAUACUAUUCAGACAAUUUUAAUUAAACUUAUUCGA